AUGUGGGUACAUAUUUUGGUGUCAGAGUUUCUCCAUGAUGGAAUAAGAAUAAAAGAACAUUCUGAGCAUUUUAAACCAAAUGGUAAAAUUGUUAUGAAUGAUUGGGCAACAAUUGACUUAUGUAUUAGUAAUCCAAUGUCAUCAAAAAUUGCAAUCACAGAUGACAGGCAUUACUUUCGUGUUCUAAUAUCCAAUGAUUGUCAAUUUGCUACAAUAGAACACACUGGUAAAGAUCAUAAAGUACCACUGAAAUGGGUGGAAGAGUGA